AUAGUGUAUACGCUUUAACUUUAUGCAAUACCUUGGUUUUCAAUGUCUCGCAGUAUGCAUUUGGAAAUUAUUUAUCAUUUACCUGUGGUCUACUAUUAGCUUUCUUUGCAAGACCCCCCUCCGAUGAUAAAGGAUUAAUCUCUCGAAUUAAAAAACUCGCGAAUAAAACUGCUGUAAUACAGUUAAUGUUAUUAAUGGCUUUUAUAACUUAUAUGACGAUUAAUUUUUUUCCUUUAAACGAUGAUGAAGUUCCUAUAUUACUUCAUUUUGCUUCUCUUGUAAUGUAUUCUUUAUGCGGAGCGCUUAUUUUGACACAGGCUAUAUGUAAUAGAAAUUGGCGUCAUGGUAUUCGAACUUUAUUUCUUAUUCCACUUUAUAUUAAUCAAAUGCUUUUUCAAGUCUAUAUGCUCCUAAAAUUUCCAUCCAAUGGAUAUAUGCUUAUUUUUCAAUGGGUCAGUUUACUUUCUAUACUUUUUGCCAUCCCAUUAUAUUUCAUUCUCGCAAUUUUUUGGGGACUUAAAAAUAAUGAGAGAAAGUUUUUAUAUGUAGUUUUAUAUCCUUUCGUAUUUCAAAUUUAUUUACAUGUAGGAUAUUUAUGUUUUUAUUUAUAUUGUGAUGAAGGUUAUUUAUCAUCUAUAUUAUUGUUCCUUAGCAGUUUUGCUUUAUUUAAUGUUCUUCAUAGUGCUUACAACUUAAUUUUCCCUAAAUCUGAACUUCCUGAAUUUCCUGAAGAUAACGAUAAGAGUAAUGGUGUAUGA